AUGAGUAGUCCUUUAAGCAACUCUGUUUCAUGGACGAAUUUCGUCUCUCGAGUUUGGUUUUUCUUCCGUCCAACAGAAAAUCAAGAUACGGUGCAGGAGGACCUCGUCGAGGGCUUCAUAUGGCUCGUCGGCGGUUCUUACUUACUUCUCGCCUUGGUAAACUGUGUAAUUUUGCAGUAUAUGGAGAAGAACAACAUGUGGAUAAGAAGAGAGUGGAGGUUACUGGAUGCGCUUUCAAAAGAUUUCAAAACAGCUAACAAGUCAAUGGUUCAGAUAAAAGAGAGAGCCCAACAAGUGUGGGAGUCGGUGCACAAUCUAAGAGGAAUAACUCACAAAUUGAAUGAAAUCGAGGCGCGGUGGGUGAAGAAAACAGCCAAAGUUACUUCUGAGGCCGAACGAUGCACCGUAGGGUUUGAGGAACAAGUGGAUGGAAGAAAUUUCCUCAAGAAGUAUUUUCUAUUCAAGAAAUUCAUAACGAUAGUUGAUCUUGCCUUUGGAAUGCACCGGACCAAGGGAGGGAUAGAGAAGCUCCGUAAGGAAAAAAAUUAUGCAAAUCACGUCGUUAGAAUACUGGAGGAAUCGAGGAUGACGGUGAGAAGACUUCAGGACAGACCAAUUGAUGAGAGCGAGCAUCCUUCAGACCCCCCAAGGGCUCCUUUUGACUCAAAAGUUGCAUCGGACCUUGAACUCCUGAUCUCCAACAGACCGAAUUUGGUUUGGGGGAUGUCAGCGCAAAUUCCAUUCGUCGUAAUGCAACUGCAUCUGCUGGAGGCUUUCAUAAAAGAUUUGCACGGGCUCAAACUAGAAAGAGCGAUAGAAAAGGUGUGGCUGGACGAAGCACAGAACAUCAUUGAUCAAACAAAUAAUGUCAUCAAGACCAUGUUGCAAGAGACGGCAAAUAAGGUGAGGUGGCUUUCCAUUUUCAAAGAUUAUUGGGGUUUGAGGCGCAAAUUUAAGAAGAAUAUAAAGAACGUUAGUGCCGUGUUAUCUCAUCUCCUGGAAACAAAAGAGAGAUAUGGUUUCAAGUUCAUCAGAAGAGAGUCGUCAAAGGAUGCCAAUUCCAACGUCCCACAACCCCCAAUGGAGGACAACACUACUAGUCUUAUUUCAUCUGCUGUCAGAAGCAUUCGUAGCCACAUGCAGGAUCAGGAGCCAAACUCACUAACUUUGUUGGCCAAGGAAUUGGAGGAUUUGGAGAAGUUACUGAAAGAUCAAGAAGCAACUGAACGGGCGAUUGGCACGAGAAUGGCUUCCUACAAGCUAUUGGAGAAAAUGGCUUCGGAUGCAGAAUUGUGCAUGAAAAAUUCACAGUGGACAGAGAUUAACCGAAUCCAUGAAGACGCCAGUUUUCUUAAGAGAUGUGUACAAGUGUAUAGGAUCGACAUGAUGAAAGAGUCGUCCUCAGUUGUUGGUUUGGAAGAAGACAUACAUGAAUUGGUUUUGUCUUUGAAGCAGACCGCAAAUACUAAUAAUGAGGCGCAUGAACGUCAUUCUGUCCUUUCGAUUGUGGGGAUGAGAGGCAUAGGUAAAAGGACACUGGCUAAGAAAAUUUGUCAUCAUAGAUCCAUUAUCAACCACUUUCCUGUUCGUCGUUUGGUUUCUGUACAAGAAGAAAGCGAUGAGAUAAGGCUUCUCCAAAGCGUUGGAAACCAGAUUUUGCAAAUCCAGGAGAACGAGAAUGAAAAAGAAUACUGGAUAAACAAGUUGCAGGUUUUCCUGAAGGAAAAUCGAUGCCUCAUAGUUCUGGACAACCUUUUGUUAAAGCAAACUUGGGAUAGACUCAAACUGGCAUUAAUCCCAGAUGGAAGCAUCAGUACUAUUAUGCUCACCACACGCGACAAAGCAGUAGCUUUACAUGUCAAUCCAAGUAACAUCCACCCACUUCGGCUACGAACUCGAGAGGAAAGCUGGGAAUUGUUCACCCAAAUGGUCGAUUGCCCCCCCAGCGAAGUGGAAAUCCUCACAAAGAGAGUGGUCGCGAGGACUGGAGGCCUUCCCCUCGCCAUCCUACGUCUUGGAUAUCUAUUAUCAGGGAAGAGUGUCACUGAAGAGGAAUUGUCAGUGGUGCUUGAGCGUGUCUCUCAAGUUCACUACCAACAACCAUGGGUAUCGACCUGGGACACCAAUAAAGAAUACCUGCAGUCACAACCAGUUCUUGAAAAAUGUCUUUCCUACUUUGAAUUGUUUCCUAGGGACUUUGAAGUCCCUGCUAGGAGACUAGUUGCACUAUGGGUUGCACAGGGAUUGGCACAGAAUACUGAACUCAACGAGGAAAGAACGGAAGAAACGAUUGCUUACGGGUAUCUUUUGGAGCUGAUCAAUCGUAAUAUAAUUCAAACAGUUGAAAGAAAACGUAAUGGAAAAGUCUCGACUUGUAGAUUUCCUAGCACCCUAAGAGAACUCUGGUUGAAAAAUAGACGUACGACCAGGACUCCUUGCUCUUGGUCCGUAGCGAGCUUUGAUCGGCAACUUGCUUAUCGUUUCGAUGCUGAUGAAGAUAGCGGUUACAGUCGCAGUAUUCACAGUCUUAACUCGAAUAUUCUGGGAGAGGACAGUUGUCCACUCUCUAUUACGGUCUUUGAUAGCCGAGACGGAGAAAGGCUAGGUGAAGAAGUUCGUGAUUUUCUUCGACAAGGCAUCGCAAGUGGGAACUUCCGAGACUUACAGGUUCUUGAUCUUGAACGUGUCUUGAUACCCCACUUGCCUAGUGCAAUUGGGAAACUAAAGCAUCUGACAUAUCUAGGCUUAAGGUGGACUCACCUUGAGACUCUUCCACCGUCAGUAGGCAAGUUGUUGAAUCUCCAGACCCUGGAUUUGAAGCAUACUAAUUUGGGAACGCUUCCUAGCUCAGUUUGGAAACUUAAUAAACUUCGGAACCUGCACUUGAGCGAGGUUUGUCGAAUCAAAUUCAUGCCUCAAAUCAGCGCCAUUUCCAUGAAAAAUCUGCACAAGUUGUCCGGUGUAUUUGUGGAUCACGAGAGCCGGGCCUUGAUGGAGGUUGUGGACAAGUUGAACAAUCUUCGAAAACUGAGGUUAACAUUCCAAUUAACGCUGGAACAACAAAAGAGACUAGCAGAACGCAUUCCGCGACUGACCCACCUAGAAUCCUUGAGUCUGAAAUCUGUUAACGAAGACAACCAAGCUCAUUCACUAAGGCUAGAGCCUUUGAUAGAUCUUAAGAAGCUCUCCAGCCUGUGUUUGUCGGGAAAGCUAGAAAGAAGAGCAUACAUCUUAAGUGAACUACCAGAAAGCCUCACUGAACUCACCUUGUCGGAUUCGGGACUUUCACGUGGCAACUUGCUACUUCCUUUCCUAGGGAACCUUCCACAACUUAAAUUUCUCUCUUUCUUCUCUGGUUCUUAUCAACAAAAUAGAAUGGAUUUCUCUGGUGGAUUUCCCAAUCUUCUAGUUCUGAAACUCUGGUGCCUUGAUACGCUGGUAACACUGAAGGUGGAAGAAGGUGCGAUGCAAAAACUAAGAGAGCUUGAGAUCAGGUCCUGCUUGAACUUGACGGUUCCCACUGGUUUAACGCACUUGAAGACUCUCCAGGAAUUGAAGUUAACUAGCAUGCCUGCAAAAUACACAGCUGAUAUUGAAAACGCCUUCGCGGCAGCUAAGAGACAAUCUCCAGAUACAAUCAUUCACUUUCCUGCCAUUAAGAUAACUAAUGAAUCACCCGAUGCUUGCUAAUCGCAUAGCAGAAGCCAUUUCUCCUCGGUUUAGAGAGAGAAAGUUAGUGAGAGAGUCUCUAAAAAAGAAAAAAAGUUUCAGUGUUUGGCCGGAGCUACGCCGCCGCCUCUAGGUGCGUCGCUGGGCUUCCGGCCCCAAGAUUCGGUCCCCAGUCUCCUCUCGAUAUCGGCUUUCUUGUGAUGGUGGUUGUGCAUGGCGGCGCAUCCAUUGGGCCAAAUCUACACUUCAGCUAACGUCCCCUCUAUAUUGCCGUAGUCCUCCCACAAUCUUCCACCUCCCUCGAGUGUGCUCUCUUUAUGGGGUGGCUCCGUUUUGAUCUGAUUUCUGUUCCACGGUCAAUGGCUUGCUGCUGGUGGAUUUUUCUUUUAUAAGGGCAUUGAUGUUUCCAUCCCUUUGGUGUGUUUUUUUGUUUUAAUUUAAUAUUUUUGUUUCGAUAAUAACGGAGGCGAUGUCCUCCUCUUGUGUCUCCCAACCGUUUUGUAAAUAGUGUGGUGUAUGUUUUCUGACUAGAGUUCCCUCUAUGUCAUGGUGUGAUUGUUUCCAUUAUGUAGUCUUUGAUCUCGGUCGACUGAGUUAAUCCAUCGACUGUUUUGGCGUUGUUUAACAAGCAAUGACCAAGCUCAAUAUUUAUGUGCCGAGCGGGUCUUUCCUUAUUUGAGUCUCGGUAUUUGUAUUCAUCUCUGUGCUAUUUUGAUAUUUACCGGUGGAUCCAGUCAUUAAUUCGGGGUCAAAUUCCUUUGUA